UAAGUGGUGGUUUGAUUUUAUUUUUUAUUAUCUGACAGUGACUCAAUAAAAAUGUCAUCCACAGUGACAAAAUACAUUCACCAGAACUGCUGAAGAUAAAACAAGAAACUUAAAACCGUAUUUCCAUCGUGGUCCUCAUUGUAGUCUGAUAAGGAUGGCAAGGCAAACUAAAAUAAAUAAAAAAAACCUAACACAUCCUGUUAAAAUUAUCCAAAAAUAAAAACAAAUACAUACAUAAACCAGAUAUAUGCACAUACACCUGGGGUCCCCUCAGAAGGAGCCACACAUUAUUAUGUUAUUAAAGAUACUCCAAAAAACUUCCUGUAAUUAGUAUUAAACAACCAUCCACCUCAUGCACGAUUAAAACAGCGAUCUGACGGGCUUGUUUUUAUCUUAACCUUGAGUUUGGCUUGAGCUUUCCAAUCCGAUGCUGCCGUAGGUAUUAAAUCUACAAUGUACAAUGUCCGUGGCUCUGCCUCUAGCUGAGCAGCUAUGAGAUGUCUAGACUACAUGUCAACGUGUAUUUAUUUUGCCAGUAAAAUAAGAGGUAAGAGCAUCAUCAUCUGGACUCCUCUGCACUUCCUCUGAUUCACCACAGGGUGGAGGUGUUUCUCUGUGAUGGGUCAGAACCAGCAAACAGAAAUCAGCCACAUGAUGUAGUUUGAAAUCCAUCACACAGCCGUGGUGCAGGAGCUUAUUUUAUUGAUGUGACGCCUUUCUAACACCUUAAAGAGGAAUAUGUGGGCAUUAUUCAUGUGAUCAAAGUUAUUAACAAACAUCACUUAUUAAUUUUAAAUGUAUCGUGACAGAACAGACGGACAUUUGUCUGGUUUGGUUCGACAGUGUUAAAAAUGAAAAACAUUUUCAAAAAGUGUUUAAGCAAAUAAGCUGCUGCAUAAAAUUACUUCAUAAGACUUCUUUGUAAUUUUCUUUUCACUGGUUUUACAAAAAGGAAAAAAACAUACGUACAUAUCAGGUCAAUAAAGUGCAAAACAUACCUCAGGAAAACAACAACAAAAGAGCACAGCAAGCUGCAUCGAGGCAGAAAAAGAAACAAGAACAAGGGGAUAUAACAGAAACUGAGCGCUAACUUCAUAAUACUUUUUAUUAAUUUGACCAAAGCAGUGACGUAUCAAAGAGAGUUCAAAGAAAACUUCAGUUCAAGCAUUCAGAUCGUAGCAAAACUAAAUUAUUCAGAUUGUACACUCGCUUUAAACUGCUUUAAAAUAUGUAAUUAUAUCAGAAACAUUUGAUAAAGAAAUCAGAUUGUAAUAAAAGUAGUUUAACUGUGCACAAAAUCCUGAUUAUCAGUAACAGGCGUUUUUCCUACAGAAGACAUUUUGACAUGUCACAGGUGUACAUAAAAUAAAUCAAAUAGGGCUGAAUUCCAUUUAGCUGCUUCAGUUUCAGGGUCCUGGUGUUGUUCUUGUCGGCUCACUGUCACACCAACAUUGCUCUCUGGGACAAAUGACUAGAACUGAUCCAUGAUUCAUGUUACUGGUAACACCUUUGCUUUUCUUACAAGUGAAAAUGUCUGCUGUGAAAUGGAGCUAUUGUCAGACAGCUGCCUUAUCUGUCCACCAAAGGGGCUGAUGGGAGGUCUGAGGACCCGUUAGAAACCACGCGGCCCUCGUCUGAUCUCACAGCUCGUCCUUGUUUGGCCUCAGCUGCAUCAGAGCGCCACUUCUCCCCAGGUUCACCAGAGGAAACACCACUGCACACAAUGCUUUUCCUCCCAGCUGCUGCUCUGUGCUAUCUGUGUUCAGCGCUGGUUGCCAUGGCAGAAGAGCUGAUUCAAGACCAGUUGUCGCAGACCAGGAGAGUUGGUGAAAUGGUUUCCAUCAGCUGUGGAGGAACUGACGGGUGUGAUAAAAAACAUGUCUACUGGUACCAGAAGACAAAAACAGGCCCAUUCACAGUGAUUCUACGUAUCGAUCUGACAGAUGGGAAAUUUAAUUCCCGCUACAAUCAUCCUCAGCAAAAAGAUUUCUCUGCGUUGAGAAAAGAGUACGGCUGCGACUUGAUGAUCUCGAGUAUUACACUCCUCCAUUCAGCCACCUACUACUGCAUCUGUUGGAAAAGUGUUGCCCACAGGAAAACACCAGGAAGAAACACAACAUUGAGUUUCCUGGUUCAUAAUUUGGUCUCAACUGAUUCAUUCAGCAGCAGACAGGUUUUUGUAUUAGUGUAUUUCACUGUGGGAGGAUCCAGUGGAUCCAACAGAUACCUGAUCUUUGGCUCUGGAACUGAACUCUACGUAACAGAUAAGCCGGUAGUGAAGCCCGUGGUGAGCGUGUACCCAGCAGCAUCCAGAGCCCACCAUGAGGGGAAGAGCUCCCUGCUGUGUGUGGCCUCAAACAUGUUUCCUCCUCUGGUCCGCUUCUCCUGGAAAAGACGAAAGGAUAAUGGUCCUCUGGAGGAGCAGGCACCUGCUGAGGAGGUGCAGCUGGAGCUCAGAGAGUCGGGACGCACCGCCGCCAUCAGAGUGAUUGAUGGGGACGCUCUCUCCACGUAUAAAUACCGCUGCUACGUCCAGCACGAGGGGGGGGAAGUGGAGGCCCAAACAGAACAAGAGGUUUCUGCUCUUCCACAACCAGCAGCCCCUGUCCAAUCCUGGUACACAGAGAGGCAGCUCUGUCUGAUGUACACAGUGCUGAUAGUGAAGAGUCUGGUGUACUGCAGUGGACUCUCUCUGCUCAGCAUCUUUAGAAAGGGACCGUCCUCUGACCACACUGAAGAGACUGACUCUCCCCCAGCAGCUUCAACUUCUCACCGUCUGCUAAUGCCUGAAGAGAAAGUCCAGAGCCGGUCCCUGAAGUACAGAAUCUGAGAAGCCCAUUAUCUCAGACUGAGAGUUCAUAAUCUUCCUCUUUUAAAACAAAUAAUGAAAUUAUCCAGCCAGCAAGUCCUGUCUGCAAAGCCAAAGCCUGAAGUUCACAAAACUGUCCAGAUCUGAACAGCAGAUAAGAGGCUCUCUAAGAACUCAAUGUUCAGUAGUUUUGUAAUGAAAUGCUUAUUUUAUAUUGAAUAUUUCUGUUGAUUUUCUUUUUGCUUCAAUUUCAAAGACUGUUAAACAUUUAACAAAAUUUGUUAUUCUUAUUCUUAUUUUUAUUAGAAAUAGUGGUAGUACUUAGUCUAUUUGUCUGAAUUAAUGCGCAGUUUCAAUAAAAUAAACUAAAACAUUUAAA